CCUUGGAGAGUGGCAGGGCCUGAGCCUGAGUACUUGGCUAGGAGUAGGGUUGUGACGGCGAGCAGAGUGUUGCUGGAGUCUGCCUUUGGUUGGCAGUGGUACUUGGGAGAUUGGGUGACACCCCAGUCGCUUGGUCUUUCUGAGUUCCAGGUGCCUGGGCCACUUCCACCAUGGGCCUCACACACAGGAGAGUACACACUGGCCGAGCUGGAGAUGUUCACGUAGCCUGACACCGACCUGACACGCCACUUGCGUCCGGACAUGGACUACGCGACAUACCAGAGGGAGCGUUUGGCAGGGCCACUGAGAGUCCGGGAGUUCAGAGAGGUCCGGAGUCAGGCUCAUGGAGCUGCUGAGGAGAGGAGAGCUGCAGGGGAUAGACAGAGCGAUGGCGAAGGCCGUGUGAGACGAGGCCUCAGCGGACCAGUGAGAGGUGGGCCACCAGAGUUGCUAUGGAAGAUAGCAGUGGUAGACUUUCAGGGCAAUCCAGCUGAGCUGCACCUAGCACCUGCCAGAGUUGAGCCUACGCCAAUCACCGUCCCAGUCAGACAUCAUUGUUCCCUUUCGUUGCAUGUUACUAGAAUGGAAUCAUUGCUGAAAUACCCUGAUAACUCCCAAUUGACUAUUGCAGGUACCAACUGAGUGGGCGAACGAAGCUGUUCGUCGCAUGCUUGCACUGGAGAAUGCAAUAAGAAGAGCAGCAAGUGGUUUGCCAUUGGACUUGCGCUAUCCAGCGUCAACUCCUUCAUCGGCGGCUCAGAGAUCUCAGGCACAAAGGCAGGCGGCUCCUAAGAGGAAGAGCGCUAGAGACCCUCCACAGAGGAUGCUGGCAGAAAGGGCUCCUUCUCCUCCGGUCACUACUAGACGACAGACGAGAGGUCCACAGCCGACCGCCGCAAGUGAGGAGGCAGCCCGAGAGGCUGUGGCGCGCGCAGAGGAGCAGUACCAAAUCAAGAUGCGCCAAAGGCCCUUGCAAGACAAGCCGGUCCGCAAGAAAUGACUAAUCCUGCCUGAGGUCUCUGAGGAGGAGGACGAUGA